AUGCAACAGACUCGCUCCCUGAUCUCUCUCGUGGCCUUCUUGGCAGCCAUAUUUAUGGCCACUGCUUGCGUUGAUGCUGCGAAGCUUCCUGUAAGGCAGACCAACGCCGACCGCCUUCGUCGCAACCUCGGUCCUCUGGCCCCUGUCAAGAGAACACCUACCCCCAUCAUUGCCGCUAGGCAAGCUGCCGCAUCUGCAGGCACAACGCAAGGACGCGUCGCGAUUACUCUGGCCGAUGGCACUGUGCUCGGCCAUCUUUCUGCUGACGACCCGAGCCAAGUUACCACCGAUGCCAGUUCCACGAGGCGGCGUCGUGCUGAUGCUAGUGGCGAUGUUGUGUUGAAGUUCGUUGAGGGCAGCGUCAACGGAAGUCUGUUGGCUCAGAAUGCCAAAUAUUCACCGCCUUACAUCGGUCAGACAGAUUCUGAACUUACUGGCCUCAUACCGUUCACGAACGUUGCCGAAGGAGACAUGUCUAUGAUCUGGACUCUGAACUCAACCAGUGGAGCGCUCUCUGCUCAAUGGACGAACCCUGACGGGAGCAAGCCGUCUACGUACAUCUUGUAUUCCAAAGCCAAGACCCAACUCGCUUUCUCCAACACAAAAGACGUAACUGGAUCUGAAGUAGUGACCCUGUCCCUUAGCGUUUAAAAACACCCGCUCCGUUAUCUUUUGCAUGAUAUCUUUUCGAAUGUUAUCCCAUCCACACUUUCCAUAGUGGCAACAUUCACAUGCAUCUAUGUAUAUUCGUGAUACGCAAAACACCUGUAUCUGAUUUAUUGCACAAUGAAAAAAUGCUCAACC